AUGAACUACUUCAUUAUUUCAUUAGCUUAUACCAUAGUAGCUGCCUGAAAUAUAGAACUGACUCAAACUUCCCACUUAGUUUAUACCUGGUUCAAUCUUACAAGCCUCGUAAAUAAUGACCGCUUAGUUAUUCAAUUGGACCAAAAAUCUAAAAAUAUUCCGCUCUUACUUAUGGUAAAAUUUAAUUCACUACCAACUUUUUAUUAUGACGAAGACUUACACAAAUAUAUUUUUAAUGCAGAUUUUUUUGAUUUUGAAGCUUGAAGCCAGAAUUUUCAAUUCAGCUAUAUUUCAAUUCCGAAGAAGCUUUUAUCUACGCAAUCAAAUAUAAGUGUAGGAAUUUUCUCUGACUCCUCGUUUAAGUUGGAACAAAAAUCCUAAAGGGGGUUUAAAUAAUUAAUAUGGUGGUGGAGACUUGACGACGAUGGACGAAUUAGGAGCAAAAGUCACUUUAAAGCCUAAAACAAGGCUGCACUCUUUAAUUCUAACAUUCUUCAUCAGAUGUUGGGACUUUGUGGGGUCAGCUGGUGGCUUUAAGAUCAGGUAUUAGUUAUCCUUAUUUUUUGGCCACGAUUUUUUCCUCCCAGUUCCUUUUUGCGUAUACAUUAAAAUGGUAUGGCGAAUCAAUUCAUUCUCUUAAUGCCUUAGCUGGGGAGGCCCAAGGACCUUGUGGAAGGGAGGAUGGCAUUUGGCGAUGUGUAUUUACUUGGUUUGGUGGAGAGCAAUGUCGGAUUAUGCUGGUCGCAUAUUCAUGCCCAGGUCAAGGCUUUUAUCUCGUGGGAAGAUGAAGCUCAAAGUUGAAAAUUAAAGUCCAAGCAAUACCUACUGAGGAGAUGAAUAUGGUCUGACUUUUUAGGCUUACAGGGAGCUUCUCUUAUAAUCUUAAUUAAAUUUAAGGUUACUUUUUCCUGGGUGUCAACUUCCCAUAGGUGGCUGACAGGAAUUAAUAGUUAAACCUUUAUAUAGCACCCGACGACGUUCUAGCAGAGCAUCUCCCUAACCCUUCGACACUCUUAAGAUCACAGUGUAAGUCUGAUCUUAGAGAAGACCAGUGUUCCAAAUAGCUGCUAAAUUCCGCCUGACAAGAAUGCUUGUGUUGUUCGAAAGCGUGAGAAGGUAUCAAAUCUGGAAGACGUUAAGACUCUUAAUUUAAUUUUAAAGGGGGUUUUUAAAAAAGUUAAGAAAUAAACUGAACAAAAUAUUUUAGAUUUUUAAGAAAAAUUAAUUGAUUAAAUGCGAAAACUGUUUAAAUAGUAUUCUAAAGGCACUGUUUCCAUUAAAUUAGAAAACUUAUUGCAGAUUUAUCUACUGCCAUUGAGUCAAAAUAGUCACUAAGGAUCCCUAGAGGAUUCACCGCUUUGCGAUUCGCAAGGAAAACAUGUGUGAGUUGGGAUAAUGAAUUCGCAUGCAAGUUAGCUCGAGCACUGCCUCUCCUCUUCUUCAUCACCUGAUGCCGUGGCACCUAUGGAAUCGGCGGACUGGACUUCUGUGCAUGAUGCUUGCUUGAAUAAAAACCCCGAAAAAUGGAAUUUCUGGUCGCUCUUUGCAAAAGGAAAAAUUCAACGCCCGAUAUAUAACUCUCGGUUUCGCGCUAGGGGGCUGCCCAAAUGGUCUAGACAUUGCCUGCAGACACUUCUAUCUUCACCUUCCCAACUCCAUACUUCCUCUUCCCAUAAUGUAAAAUCCAACCUUGAAAGCAGACUAGGGCAAAACUACCAGAAUUGCUUAUCUAGCAUAGCAGUCCAUUUCUGGGUUGGCAAAACCUUGCCAAAUAUAAAUGUAGUCAGUGUCACUAACUAUAAAUAUGUGCCCGAGACUGGAUUGCCAGGGGCUGAAACACCAUAAAUAUUAAUCAAUUAAAUUAAUUUUAUAAAAAAAUUAUUUUUUUUCCAAUUUAAAGGAGGAUCAAAGUACCCAAAAAAUGGAAAUUUACCCUAUUUUGUUCCAAUUUAAAGGGGGAGUGAAGAAAAUGGGUUUGCAUAUCAAAUUUCAGCCCACGGAAAAGAUGACCGUUAUUGUGAACCGUCUUGCAACAACGGAGGAGUCUGCUCUUUAGGGAGCUGCACUUGUAUCAAUGACAACUGAGGCUAUGAUUGUUCAGUGCCUUUCAGUGAAUUUUCAUUGGAUGAAAAUCAGCUUUUGCGCCUUGAAAAAUCCGGAGACUGGAAAUUUUUUUAUUUUAAUCCUUCACAAAAUCCAUUCACAGUGAAGUGUGAAAAAAUCCAAGGAGACUCUUUUCUAUAUUUUACUCAUUAUGAAAACAAGCAUGAGCUACCUAGCAUGCUCUAUAAAGAUUUUUCGUUAUUUUUCGACUCAUCUGAAGCCUUAAAAGAGUGAAAUAACUCAGAAAACAGCAAUGAUUUAUGGUUAUUUUCAGUGUUUUGCAAAGAUAAUCCCAGCUGUGAACUUAAAAUUUUGAUUGAAAAUCAAGACACUUCUUCAAGUAAUAAAAGUGAUGGUAAAUUUAAUUGGCUUACUCUUGUGAUUUCUUUUGCUGUCUGCGCUUCAGUCCUUUUUUGUGUAAUACCAAUUGGGAUUUCUUUAGUUAGAAGAUGCAAGAAAUGAAAAAUUGGGUCACCAGAUGAGCUUGCAGUUUGGAAAAAUGCUUUAACACCAAAAGUCAUGCAAAAGUUUUUCCCUUCUUAUAAGUGACGGGAACUGGAUAAGGAAAAAACAUCAUGCACGAUUUGUCUAGAUGAGCUUAAAAAUGGGGAAAAAGUCAGAAAAUUAGCAUGUGAGCAUAUUUAUCAUAUGAAAUGUAUCGAUUCGUGGAUACAGAAUAAAUCAGAUUGUCCUUUAUGUAAACAGUUGGUAAGGGAAGUAGGGAAAUCAGAAGAAACACUAGAAACUUCUAUGAAUGAGACGGUAAUUGGAAGUCAAUCAAUACGGCAAGAUAUCGUAAUCAGAGGAGAAAAUAGAGGCCAGAUUGAUACUGAAGAAGAAAAGAACGAGAAUAGCUUUUAA